GUUUGUGUUACUAUAUUACUGUCUAAUAUUUGCUUGUUUUUGAAAUUGUGCUGUUUUGAAUCUGUGUUUGUCAAGUUUGUUGGAUCUCUGUCCUGUUCAACAGUCUGCGAUGAAACAGAUGGUGAACCUCCAAUCGCACAUGAAACAUCAGAAGUCUGGAGAUGAUUCUGAGAGUUUAUCUCCAUCAACUUUACUGGAUCUAACAGAUCAAUCUCAUAGAGAUUUCAGUUCAGAAAUGUCAAACACUGAACAUCUCAAUGCUGAACAUCCUUUCCCUAUAGAUGAUGUAUCAUGGAUAGAAAACUAUGCACUACUUGACUACCUGACUUCAGAUCAGUCUGAUGACACGUGGGACAAAAGUCUGAAUGCACUGGGGGUCGCCUGUAGUCCUCUUCAUCUAUCUGAAGUUUUACAACCACUGUCAAGUGAAGAGACACUAGAUGUUGAUCUUAAUGCUGCAUUGAUCUCUGAUGAAUUAUUUCAGCUGUUUGAUCAGAAACCUGUUCACAUAUCAGAAGAGCAUCAACAGAUUUACCCAUCAGCAGAUCUCCAGCCAUGUCCUUCAGAAGUCCCUGGAUCAUUAGUCUGGAUGGAGACUUUUCCUAAUUGUCCUCCUUAUGUUUUUCCUCAUCCUACUCCAGCCAUGCCUGUACUAGCAGCCUCUUUUAACCCACACUACCCAACUCCAAUGGAGUUCAACACAAUCCAUAACCAUCCUCAGAAUUCCCCUCACUUCAUUCACAUACCUCAACUAACAUAUUUCCCAACAAUUCACCAGUUAAACACUAACUUCAACGACCCCCUAAUAUAUCUCGUCAAAUCAGACUGCACCUGUCUAAUGCAUCAACCAAACCCGUCCUAUCCCUUCCAUCCUCCACAUGUCAAUGUCAGCUUUUCACCUCAUCUGUCUGUUCUGAAUCCUGAUCCCCCCACAUCAUCAUACCUAAAUACAGCCGUCCAUCAACCAAUGAAUGCUGUCCGUCAUCCAGAAGUCAUCCAAGCCCCUCACAGUAGUCAGCCCUCGUGGGCAACGUUUAAUACUUCAUUUCCUCAUGACGUACACCAGAACUUCAGACUGUGGCAGAGAUUUUGUGAAACAGCUCGAGAUUUUUACUCCAGCACUCCAAAUGUUGAAGCUUUGGCUUGUUUCUUCAUACACGUGAUUGGCUCUCUCACACAUCUUCAUUCAGAUCUUUUGUUUGAAACAGCGGUGAAUGUGGCCAUACAGGAGUGGAGUAAAACCUCAACAUACGAACGAGAAAAAUAUUACACAGCUGCCAAACAGUUUAUUGAGUUAAGAAAACAGCACAGAAGAAACACAAGAGCAAAACAUCUCAAAACCAAACACAGCCAUAAGACUUCUGCUCGGACCUAUAAACCCAGAGGUGGUGUCCUGCGGUACAGCUCAGGUAAAGAGAAGAUCUGUCAGGAUUUACCUGCUCAUGAUCUGACACAGAGAGCACUGGAGGAGGUGAUGAAGGAUCUGAAGUCAGAGGUCACUGAAGGUCAUCAGGUGAAUACUGAAACAUGUGUGCAGUACCUCAAUGAAGUCUUUAACCAGAAUGAGUUUAUUUCUCAGGAUCACAGGAUACAGAAAGCUCAUCAGGUGUCCAUCACUCCACCUGCAUUAACAAACAGCCUCCUGCAGGAGAUUGUGAAGAAUGAAGGACAUCUGAUGCAACAUCAGGACCACAGCCACCAUACUGAGAUCCAGAUGUUAUCUACACUUCCUCCGUCUUUCUCACCUUUAUCAGGGAGUUUUGAUCAAGGCGAUUGGAGGGAUCACAGCUCAUUCAUCAGGGACGGCGUUCAAUCUGCUCCUCAGGAGAUCAGUCUGGAUGUUCAUGAUAACACUGCAGGCCAGACGGACGAGUCCAACUCUCAAUCGGUUUGCUUCAGCCUUCAAAACCACAACAAACAAGCAACAAAUCACCUCACCAUGAAACAUUGUUUAGGAGAAUCUUCAAACUCAAACACAGUAUGGAAGUGAAACACACUGCACCACGAUGGACAUAAAAACACCUGCAAUGAAUCACAGUGACGUGGAUUAAAAUAUUCUCACAGCCGGACGAUAAACCAAAUGAAGUUCAGCAACUGUACCAAACAUCACACAGAAAGAGAGAAAGAAGAAAAUGAAUAAAUGUCAUAAAAUGAUAAAAGUGUGUUUUUUGGUUUAACUCUUAGUCAAUACUUGGGCAAUUCUACUGAAUCGGUGCCGUUUGCAUGUUGUAACUCGUCAAAAUUGAAGUUAAUUUUUUAUCUUUUAUCUUUUCUUUUCAAAAUGAGUAUUGGUCUAUCUCAGGUAACCAUCUUAUUUUUUAACAUGUUUUUUAAAAUGUGCUAUUUUUGGAUGUGUCUUUAAAAUGCAAAUGAGCUGAUGAAAUGCAAACACUGAUCCCCAUAAUGGCGGUUUGUUGAAAUUAAAACUUAAUUGUUCUGUCAAUUAUUUUCUCUUUCUCUGCAUUAAAUAUCAGUGCUGGGGUUGGAUAGUGCAGAUUAUGCGGUGGUGUUAUUAUAAUAAGAUCCCCUUCUGACAU